GGGUGGCCGUCCCUCGGCCCCAGGGCGGAGAGCGGACGGAGGCAGAGCCGCCACCCUCGCAGCAGCAGCCGGUUGCCCUGGCGAAGGCGACGCCAGACAAGAGUGCGAACAAAAUGGCGGCGGGCCGCGGCAGCAGCGGGGUCCGGCGGGGCGGGGGCCUGCCCGGGGUGCAAGGACCGCCCGGCGGCCCACUUCUGCCCGCCGCCGCGGGGACCGGCGUGGUGAGCGGCGGCUUGCUGGCUGCGGAGGCGGAGUACAAGCGACUGAAUGCAGAAUUAGAAGCAAAAUCAGAAAAACUGGUGUGUCAGGCUGAAGAAGUAAUGAAAGGCCAACAGGAGCUACUGUCUAGACCAGUUUCAGUACAGACUAAGUCAGGUGAAGAUGACAGACAGAGAGGUCCACUCUACCCUGAAGUUUCAUCUCUUACACACUCACAUUUCAAGGUAGCAAACAAGAAAAGUGCUUCCAUGCCCACGGCUCAGAACAGACCAUACUCUGGAAGUAAGGGAAAAAGAACAACUUCAAGUUCAGACAUAAGAAACGUGGAAGUACAAAAUGCUGAUGAUGUUGCAGUAUGGAAGGAUUGCAUAGAUUUUUCUUUAGCAAAAACAAUAAGCAAAAUUGAAGAAAAACUAGAGAGAGAUGGCUUACCAGAUUGUCUAGAUGAUGACAUUAUUCCAAGCAUUGGAAAUGAAAUUGGAGCAGAAGCUCAGAUCAGAUUUUUUAAGGCAAAGUUACAUGUUAUGCAGGAAGAGCUGGAUAGCGUGGUGUGUGAAUGCAGGAAAAAGGAAUUGGAGAAUCUAAAGCGUGUACAAAAGCAGGCCUCAAGCAGUCAGAGUGCAACAAAGGUUCGCUUAAACAGGGCCCUGGAAGAAGCAGAAAGGUAUAAAGAGGAGCUGAAUAAACUGAAGCAAAGUAAUAAGGAUGUAGCAAACCAAGAACUCAAAACAAUUGAAGAAUUGAAAAUGGAAAACAAGAAACUGCAGAAACAAAAAGAAGAGCUAAUGACAGGUUUUAAAAAGCAGUUAAAGUUAAUUGAUAUUUUAAAGAGACAGAAGAUGCACAUUGAAGCUGCUAAGAUGCUUUCUUUUACUGAAGAGGAAUUCAUGAAAGCUCUUGAGUGGGGAAAUUCUUGAUUCCAUAAAAAAACAACUUCUGUUUGAAAUACAAGUCAGAUGGUACAUUAUUUUGGCACUGUAUAUGAAUGCUUGUUAAGAAUAAUAUUUAAUAACUGUA